AUGAAGAUACUUAUCGUUGGGAUAGGGUUCAGAGCCUUGGUGAUUUUGCAUUGUUCUUGGGUAGUAAUGAUUCUAGUUGUGUUUCUACCAGAGAUUAUCCGGGGCUUAAAUCGAAUUGCAUUUAUUUCACAGACGAUUACAUUGCGAAGCAUGUACCAGGUCGGCUUGGUGGUCAUGAUAUGGGCAUUUUUCAUCUCAGUGAUGGUACAGUUGAACCAUUUUGUUGCAACGGCUUAUGUAAACCUUCUUUGA